AUGGAAACUCUCUCGACUGCACGGAGAUCUUGGAGCUCCAACAUCCACAACUUCAAAAGUGGGCUCACCCUAUGGCUGGUGCUGUGGUUGUUGGCGGUGAAGCCGAGUGGGGCGGGGACGUGUCCAAGGCUGUGUGUGUGUUACCCGUCGCCCAUGACGGUAAGCUGCCAGUCUCAGAACUUCACCACCGUGCCCUCCGGAGUGCCCUACGACUCCCAGCGCGUCUUUCUGCAGAACAACCGCAUCACCGAGCUCAGAGCAGAUUCUUUUGGCUUCGAGACACAGGUUCUCUGGCUCUACUCCAAUAACAUCACAUUGAUUGAGGCUGGAGCCUUCAGCAACCUGAGGGUUCUAGAAGAGCUGGACCUUGGUGACAACCCAUCGCUACGGCGACUGGAGGGUGGAGCGUUCCGGGGACUGGAGAAGCUGCAGAGCCUGCACAUGCAUCGCUGCAAGCUGGCCGCUCUCCCCCACGACCUCUUCCUCAAGCUCUACAGCCUGCAGUUCCUCUACCUGCAGGAGAACCAGCUGCACUUCAUCCAGGACGACCUCUUCUCCGACCUGGUCAACCUGAACCACCUCUUCCUGCACGGCAACCGCAUCCGCACGCUGUCCGAGAACGCGUUCCGCGGCCUGGUUAACCUUGACCGCCUCCUGCUCCACGACAACCGAAUCCGGCAAGUGAACCGCCGUGCUUUCCGCGACCUGGGCCGUCUGACCAUCCUCUACCUGUUCAACAACUCCCUGGCAGAGCUUCCGGGCCAGGCCAUGAAAGAUGCUCUGGCAGUCCAGUUCCUCCGCCUCAAUGGGAACCCCUGGUCCUGCGGCUGUGAGGCCCGCCCCCUGUGGGAGUGGUUCCGUACAGCUCGCAUCUCCUCCUCCGAGCUGAUGUGCACUUCCCCCUCCCCCCGCCGCGGACAGGACCUGCGCUUCCUCCGAGAGAUGGACUUUGCCCUUUGCCCCCUCCCCGACCCUGGGUCACUGGCCGGCACCACCACGACCACCUUCAGCACCAAGACAAGAUGGUGGUUCUCCAAGCACAAGCCUGUGGCUUCGUCCAAAGGAAUCUUCCAGAAGAGCUCCGAAACAGUCAAGGCGCACCCCUUCUCCUCGGGCAAGCCCAACCAGCCCUCCAACCCUUCCUCCACCUCCUUCUUCUCUAAGUACGAGCUUGCGGAGGAGGAGGUGAACCUGCCCAAGGUGGACCAGGAGGAGUACUGGGCCAACUACGGGAACGAAGAUGCCUCCGUGCGCUGCUUCGAGCUUGAGUGUCCGCCCGGCUACGACACCCCGGUCCUCCUGCCCUCCUCCUCCUUCUCCCCCACUCAGUCUUUCAUCCCUCUCUUCUCCCUUUCUGUGCUAACUCUCUGCCUCCACCUUCUCUUUGGCUGA